AUGGGUAACGACCAGAAGCUCGGUGCCUAUUACGCACCCAAAGGCGGAUUGCCACCACAGACACAGAUCCUCACCGACCGUGCCAUGUUCACCGAAGCGUACGCGGUAAUCCCGAAGGGCACAUUCAGCGACAUCGUGACGAGCUUCCUGCCCUUCUGGGACAAGACACGGUUAUGGGUGAUUGCCCGUCCGUUAUCGGGCUUUGCCGAAACAUUUUCGCAAUACAUCAUGGAAGUGCAACCAGGGGGCGGCAGCGACCGCGGUGAAACAGACGACAGUGCACAAGGUGUCGUGUUUGUCGUCGAGGGUGAAAGCGGCUGGACCCUGCGCAACACAGGCGCGACCACCGCCCGUUUCCAUUGGAUACGCAAGGCCUACGAAUAUGUCGAGGGACUCGAUAAGCCUGAGCCGCUUUUCCUCAAUGAAAAGGAUAUUCCGCCCACGCCGAUGCCAAACACCAACGGUGCUUGGGCGACUACUCGAUUCGUUGACCCGAGCGAUCUGCGCCACGAUAUGCAUGUCACCAUUGUCACCUUCGAGCCCGGCGGUCUUAUCCCUUUCGCUGAAACACAUGUCAUGGAACAUGGGCUUUAUGUACUGGAAGGUAAAGCCGUGUACAGGCUCAAUCAGGACUGGGUGGAGGUGGAAGCGGGUGAUUUCAUGUGGUUGCGCGCCUUUUGUCCGCAGGCCUGUUACGCGGGUGGCCCUGGCAAAUUCCGCUACCUGCUCUACAAGGACGUGAACCGUCAGAUGAAGUUGUCGCGGUUGUAA